AUGGAAGAAUAACCGUAAAUUGAAAAUUCAAUAAUAGAGGAAAAGUAUAAGAAACCUAAUGGAGAGACUGCAUAUCGAAGAUAUUAGAAAGGAAAGGUAUUAGGAAAGGGCGGGUUUGCGAAAUGCUACGAGGUUACUUCUAUUGAAAGCAAGAAAGUGUUAGCAGCGAAGAUUAUUGCUAAAAGCACUUUAAAGACAGGGAGAACAAAAGCGAAGUUAAUCACUGAGAUAAAGCUUCAUAAAUCACUUCAUCAUUAGCAUAUUGUUCAAUUUGAAGAUGUGUUUGAGGAUAAUGAGAAUGUCUAUAUACUUUUAGAACUGUGUUAAAAUCAAACUCUGAAUGAGUUGCUAAAAAGAAGAAGAAGAAUCACGCCAAUAGAAGUGCAAUGUUACUUGAAGCAAUUGAUAGGUGCAUUGAAAUACAUCCAUUCUCAUAGAGUGCUACAUCGAGAUCUGAAAUUAGGGAAUCUGUUUAUAAAUGAUAAGAUGGAGUUGAAACUGGGAGAUUUUGGUUUGGCUACAAAAUUAGAUUAUGAUGGACAACGAAGACUCACUAUUUGUGGGACUCCAAAUUAUAUUGCACCUGAAAUUUUGGAUGAAAGAGAUUGGGACAUUCAUUACUAAGCAGACAUAUGGUCAGUUGGUGAAAACCCCCAUUCGAGACUUCAGAUGUUAAGGACAACUUAUAAUAAAAUAUCGCAAUGCCAAUUCAAUUUUCCAGAUCAUAUUCAAAUAUCUGAAAAUGCUAAAAAUUUGAUUUCUAGAAUUCUUGUUCUUGAUCCUUCCAAAAGAUUAACUUUGGAUGAAAUUCUAAGUCAUCCUUUUAUGACUUCAAAUCCAAUCCCCAAAACCACUCACAUUUCUCAACUGCUAAGUCCCCCAAAUGCAGCAUGGUUGUCUUAAUAUUCUUAGGCUGCAAUGUUUAGUUCUUAGGCUGUAUUGCUCAACUCUAAACCCAUUUAACCAGAAUUAGUUUCAGUCAAAACUUCAGGCUAAAUUCCAAAGACGAAUGACCUAUUUUCAACUCGACUCAAAAUGUCCUAAGCCGAACGCAUUAAGACCUUAACUGAAGGAAUUAAUUACUUAAAGGAGAAUCAAUAAACUCAGAAAAAAUAGGAUUUAAAUCUGGAGAACAACAAUUAACCAUAAUUUAGUAAGGAGAACGAAGUCACAUAUGUUAUAAAGUGUUGUGAUUAUCAAAGUAAAUACGGUAUUGGUUAUGUCCUAUCAAAUAAUAAUUGUGGUAUCCUAUUUAAUGAUGCGACCAAAAUUAUUUAAUGCAACAAACAGCAAUUCAAUUAUAUAGAUAAGUAGAAUCUAAUAUAGGAUUAUCAAUAUGAUAAUUAUCCCUCAGAUUUGGAUAAAAAGGUCAAUCUACUCUAAAAAUUUACUCUGUAUUUAGGUGUUGAUGAAAAUAACACAAAUUCUGAAAUUUCUUAAGUUUUUGUUGAUAAGUUUCUUAAAACGAGAAAUGCUCUUCUUUUAAAACUCAGCAAUGGCGUGAUUCAGGCCAAUUUCAUUGAUAAAAGUGUGAUUGUUAUCUAAUCAAAUCAGAGUAUUGUUUUUGUUAAUGAAAAGGGUGAAAAAUCUAGUCAUACUUAGGAAUAGAUAAAGGAUAAUGAUAAGAUUUAAAGAAGGUAUAAUUAUGUAUAGCAAUUAAGAAGUGGUUGUUAAUGA